ACAUAUUGGGAAGAAAAAUCGAAAACCAUUUCUCUCAGAUUUUAGGGAUUUAGGGAUUUUCUCUUUCUCUCACUCUGUUUCUUGUGUUUCACAUCGGCGGCGGGCGAAGAUGAGCGGUCGGCUUACCGGUAAGGUGAAGUGGUUUAAUGAUCAGAAGGGCUACGGGUUCAUCACCCCCGACGACGGCACCGAGGAUCUGUUCGUUCACCAGACCUCCAUUCGAGCCGAGGGAUUCCGAAGCCUCGGCGAGAAUGAGGAGGUUGAGUACCAGAUCGAGGACUCCAACGACGGCCGUACCAAGGCGAUCGACGUGACCGGACCCAACGGCGCUCCCGUCCAGGGAGGUCCCAGCGGCGGCAGCGGAGGCGGUGGAAGAGGCGGCGGCGGCGGCGGCGGUCGCGGCUACGGUGGCGGAGGUGGCUACGGCGGUGGUGGCUACGGUGGCGGAGGAGGCUAUGGUGGUGGCGGGUACGGAGGAGGCGGUGGCAGGGGAGGCCGCGGAGGAGGCUACGGUGGUAGCGGAGGUGGAGGCGGUGGCUGCUUCAGCUGCGGCGAGCCUGGGCACAUGGCCAGGGACUGUCCCCAUGGAGGCGGUGGCGGUGGUGGCGGCAGGUACGGAGGAGGUGGUGGCGGCGGCGGCGGAGGCGGCUGCUACAACUGUGGUGGGAGUGGGCAUUUCGCCAGGGAAUGUCCCAACAGUGGCGGAAGCGGGGGGCGCUGAUUUCUCACUCCUCUGAAGGGUAGUGGUCCGCAAGGUGUGAAGCGAUUUCACAUGUUUGCAGAUCUCUGUUAUUUGAGCUGUUUCUUUGGUGAUUGGCUUUUGUUAUUCUCUAUUCUGUUUUCGGAUUAUCUAGUAUGGUGAAUUCUUGGGGGGCUUGUUGUCCUCUUUGUUUAGUGUUGGAUUGAUGUUUGGAAUCAAUGGUUGUUCUUGUGGUUUUGGAUGCUUUUGCGCUCUUAGAGGCCUCUUAAAAGCCUCUUAAAGGUCUAUGCGAUGGUGGUGACUUCUUUUGUUAGGGUUAGGCAGUAGAGAGAGCAGCAGGAAAUGGAUUUGAUCAGAUGCCCAUAUGGUUGUUUGGAUUGUGAAACUCUCAACUGUUCUCGUUCUGAAGUGUUCUGAUACACAGAUUCUAUAUAUAUGGGAAUGGAUACAUGUUUGUUCAGUCCAAUCUUUCUUUGCUUCACUUGUAUUUACUCUAGUUGGUUCUUGUUUGUGGUUGAUUCCAGCAUUUUGAUGCUUCCUUGCCUUAUUUACGGAGAGCUCUUUAAUGGGUUCUGGAUGUAAUCCCUUUCCCCCUUGUGUUAGUUGCAAUAAUGGGUAAUCUCAUUU